CUGAAACGGGCACAUAAUCAACGGAUUUUUUUAAGGAAAAAAGGAAGAGUUAAGUGAAAAGAGCAAAAAUGAGCAAGGUUCAAGGUGGAAUGAAAUGUGUCAAAUAUCUUCUUUUCAUAUUCAACUUUAUAUUCUGGCUGGUGGGAUCUCUGGUGUUGGCGGUGGGGUUGUGGCUGCGAUUUGAUCCUGUCGUCGUGCCACUGCUGAAUGAGGGGGGCCCUGAGACCUUCUUUCUGGGUGUGUACAUCCUGAUUGGUGCAGGGGCACUCAUGAUGCUGGUGGGCUUCUUUGGGUGCUGUGGGGCUGUCCGGGAAUCACAGUGUCUCCUGGGAUCGUUCUUUGCAUGCCUCCUGAUCAUCUUUGGUGCUGAGGUUGCUGCUGGAGUGUUUGGGUUCUUAAACAAAGACAAGAUCAUUACAGAAGUCAAACAGUUCUAUAAUGAUUCCAAUGGCAACAGCACCAUAGCAUCUAUCUACCACGACAUGCUGGACUGUUGUAAGGAUCAGUCCUCCUGCCCCACAGCCACUGGCAGCAGUAAGUACUGUGAUGAGGCCAUAGAGGAGUUUUUCAACAGCAAGCUCCACAUCAUUGGUUAUGUGGGGAUCGGGAUUGCAGGAGCAAUGAUCAUCGGCAUGAUCUUCAGCAUGGUGCUGUGCUGCGCGAUACGAAAUAACAGCGAGGUCAUCUAGAUGCCCACACCCCUUCUCCUCCUCCUCCUCCUCCUCCUCCUCCUCUUCCGCUCUCCGACAGCCUGAGCUGGACUGUUACGGACAAUCUGGCCACUCUAUCAGUACCAUCCUAGACUGUGGCUAAAUGCAUCACAGGAGAGCAUUCCCUUCUUGCUGUACAUACACUUACAUUGUUUCAUUGGCAUCAGAUUGAUGAUGUCAUCAGGCAGAGCUGUUACCUCGACUCUCUGGAUCUUUGCAGUUGUCACAUAAGGGUGACAAAUAUGCUUGUGCUCAUGACCAAGACAAUAGCCUUAAAUGAAAUAUGUCAAAAAGAUUUAAAAAGAAAGCC